GCCAUUUGUCAGACUGGACAGGUUCUCAAGAGGCAAUUCAUGCCAAGAUGGUUUCAGAUUAAAAGAGAGACGGGAAUGAAAAUGAGUGCAGCCGCAAACACAUCAUUAACUCAGAAGCAAAGUGUGAAGAAGAGAACCAGACCUGAACAGAAGUGUGAACAAAGGAAAGGAAGUGGGUGGGCGAAGAUAGAAAAAGAUAGAGGUGAGCUUUAAGAUCGUUGAGAGAAGCAUUCAGACAGGCCCAUACCUCAGCUUUCCUGGCUCUUCAACCUUUACACCUACAGCAUUUGGAGGGACGCUGUCCUCUUUCCAAACCUUCUCCCUUCAUCCUUUAAUUCUCCCUCAGAUUCUUCAGGUCAUCGUCCCAGAAAAGAACCAUUCUACAAGAAGAUUCAGGGUUUGUAAAAGUUGAAUACCAAGAAAAGUGACGGUUGAAACGCUUUUGUCCCUGCAUCAGGAUGUUUUGCGGCCGUAUCUUCAGCAUGCUUAUGGCAUUCUUGAGCAUCAGCUUACUUUUGAUGGCGCUCAGCACUGAUUACUGGAUAGUAUCUUUUGGUCCUGCUGGGACAGCCCACAGUGGGCUGUGGCAGUUCUGCAUGAACCUUGGAGCAUUCAAAAGCCAAUGCGAAACUGUAAAGGAGCCCGUUGGCUACAUCACAGCUACCCGUGCGUUUCUGAUUUUGGCUUCCCUGACAGCUCUGGCAUUACACUUCUUUCUGAUUGCCACCUUCGCGCCUUCCAUGUUUGGCAUCCUGGGAAAGCCUUUGGUUGCUUCCGUGGCUGCCUAUGUGGCCGGACUCUUUACUCUAAUAGCCCUCACUGUGUAUACAGCCGAAACAUGGAAGGAGAAGCCACCAUCUCAAAUCCAGGUCUCCUUUGCAUGGUCUUUCUACUCUGGAUGGAUUGCUUUCCCCCUGUUUCUCUUGGCUGGCGCUUUCAACCACGUUGCCUCCUUGAACGCUCCAUCUGCUAGCUAUGAAAGGAUAUGAAAGUCCCGGUCAACAAAAGAGCAAGCACAAUUGUACAGAAGCUUUUUUCUUAACAAGAAGGUGCCUCAUCCCUACUUCUUCUGGACCAAUGCAUCUCCCCAUCUCCAGUGCACUGCUCAGCUGUACUGUUUUGUUUUGUUUUUGCUCACUUUCCAAAACAAUUAUCUUGUGGGUGACUAGAAGUAAUUUUUAUAAUUAGUUUGCUUGCCAAGUAAGAUGUGUUGGCAAAAUUAUGAUUUCAAGUGGCAAAAUUUCCAGUGGUUUUUAAGAGAUCCGCUAGGCCAGUGGUGGCGAACCUGUGGCACGCGUGCCAGAGGCGGCACUCAGAGCCCUCUCUGUGGGCACAUGCACCAUGCCCUGGAGAUGGCAACUGUCCCUCU